UCUAUUGGACACAUUCUCAUAGAUCCCGCCCCAUUUGAUUAUGUUUAAGAAACGUUUUGCAACAGAAUUGGCGAAAUGAAUACGCUCCAGUACGGUAUGUUUAGAAACUUUGUGACUUCCCGGUGAAAAUUUGUUUUGACGCUGUUUGUUCUGGUCUGUCAACUUGAGCCAACUAUCACAAGCGGCCAACACAAAAGUUUUUGAUUGAGCUGGACAGAUUGACGGAAACAGGCCUAUCUCUAGGUGGCGAUGGGUUCUAUGUUCCGCAGUGAGGAGGUGUGCCUGGUGCAGCUCUUCCUCCAGUCUGGUUCAGCCUACAACUGUGUCAGUGAACUGGGAGAACUGGGCCUGGUUGAGUUCAGAGAUUUGAACCCCAACGUCAACUCCUUCCAGAGGAAGUUUGUGGGGGAGGUGAGACGAUGUGAGGAACUGGAGAAAACCUUCUCGUUCCUGGAGCAGGAGAUCAAUCGGUCUCUGUGGCCCCCCCUCCAUGGCCCCCUCCCUUCCCCCUGCCCGACACCCUCAGCCCCCCAGCCCAGAGACCUACUCACCAUUGAGGAAGAGAGUGAGAGGCUGGCCAGGGAGCUCAAAGAGGUGUCCAGGAACAGAGACAGUCUCAGAGCCCAGAUGACCCAGCUCAGCCAAUACAAAGGGGUUCUCACCCAGACCCACUCCCUCACCUCCUCACAGGGUCCGCCGCCUCCACUGGAAACAGUAGGCAUGUUGGAGCCUAACCGACAGGAUGUCCACCUCAGUUUUGUGGCCGGUGUGGUCCACCCCUGGAAAGUCCCUUCGUUCGAGCGAUUGCUAUGGCGAGCGUGCCGUGGUUACAUCAUCGUGGACUUCAGAGAGAUGGAGGAGCAACUAGAGCAUCCUGUCACGGGGGAGAUGCAGUGGACGGUGUUCCUCAUAUCCUACUGGGGAGAUCAGAUCGGACAGAAGGUCAAGAAGAUCUGUGAUUGCUUCCACACACAGACAUUUGUGUACCCUGACAGCCCCACGGAGAGAGAGGAGAUUCUCCAGGGACUGCAGGGCAGAAUUGAAGACAUCAAAUCUGUCCUGUCCCAGACAGAGCACUACCUCCAGCAGCUGUUGGUGCGUGCUGUAGCUGUGCUGCCCCAGUGGAAGGUGCGGGUCCAGAAGUCUAAGGCUGUCCAGGCUGUGCUGAACCUCUGCAGCCCCUCCGUCACCGACAAGUGUCUGAUCGCUGAAGCCUGGUGUCCCGUCAGCAAGCUGCCUGAACUACAGAGUGCCCUGAGAGAAGGAGGGAGGAAGAGUGGCAGUGGGAUGGACUCGUUCUACAACCGCCUCCCAUGCUCCACCCCUCCUCCCACCCUGUUCCCUACCAACUCCUUCACGGCCGGCUUCCAGAGCAUCGUAGAGGCUUAUGGAGUGGCCAGUUACCGUGAGGUUAACCCAGCCGUGUACACCAUCAUCACGUUCCCCUUCCUGUUUGCGGUGAUGUUUGGGGACGUCGGUCACGGCCUGCUGAUGUUCCUGGCUGCCCUCUGGAUGGUCCUGGAGGAGAAGGACCCCAAACUCCGGAACAACACCAAUGAGAUCUGGCGAAUGAUGUUUGGAGGACGCUAUCUGAUCCUGUUGAUGGGACUGUUCUCUGUCUACACUGGGGCCAUCUACAACGAGUGUUUCAGCAGAGGACUCAGCCCCUUCAGCUCCGGCUGGCACGUACGACCCAUGUUCGAUAGCGGAGAGUGGAGUUCAGCAACUCUUAAAGGGAACAACUUCCUGUCCCUGGACCCGAACAUCACUGGGGUUUUUACAGGACCCUAUCCUUUUGGCAUCGACCCGAUCUGGGGUCUGUCCAACAACCACCUCACAUUCCUUAACUCCUACAAGAUGAAGAUGUCCGUCAUCAUCGGUGUGAUCCACAUGACCUUCGGAGUCUGUCUGUCCUUCUUCAACUACAAACACUUCAACCAGUUGAGCAGUGUAUUCCUGGUACUGAUCCCAGAGCUGUUCUUCAUGCUGUGUCUGUUUGGUUACCUGGUCUUCAUGGUCAUCUUCAAGUGGCUGGCCUUUGACACGGCCCACUCUAACUUCACCCCCAGCAUCCUCAUCCACUUCAUAGACAUGUUCCUAUUCACAGUGAACAAGGAUAACCCGCCCCUCUACAAAGGACAGAUGGUGGUGCAGAAGGUCCUGGUGAUACUGGCGCUAUGUUCUGUUCCAGUCCUACUGCUGGGGAAACCCAUCCAUCAAUACAUCACACACAAGAGGAACCACUGGCACAUGGCAGGAGAGAGCCGCCCCCUGUUAGCUGAGAACAAUUCCAUCAACGCUCAUCAGGGAGAGGUGGAGACCGGGAGUCACAGAGAGGAGGUGGAGACCGGGAGUCACAGAGAGGAGGAGUUUGAUGCUGCUGAUGUGUUCAUGCACCAGGCCAUCCACACCAUAGAGUACUGUCUAGGCUGCAUCUCCAACACGGCCUCUUACCUCCGACUGUGGGCCCUGAGUCUUGCACAUGCACAGCUGUCAGAGGUGCUCUGGGUGAUGGUGAUGCGUAUCGCCCUAAACGGGCAAGGCUACAUGGGAUCUGUGGUCCUGUUUGUAGUCUUUUCCUUCUUCGCUGUGCUGACAGUCUCCAUCCUCCUGGUCAUGGAGGGCCUGUCUGCCUUCCUGCAUGCCUUACGUCUGCACUGGGUGGAGUUCCAGAAUAAGUUCUACAGCGGAACAGGCUACAAGCUGAACCCUUUUGCCUUCUCUUCCCUAAUCCACGCCUCGUCCGCUAUGUGAUCAAUUUAUUGAUAGUUUUAAAUGUUUGCCAAAUGGUUAUGUUAAUUAUUCAAUCAGUCACUUGCUCUGCACCUAUCGCUCCCCUGCACAUUUGAGAAUGAUUGCUCUCUUUUAUUGAAAGCUUGGUGUUUGAAGAACUUGUUCAAUGUCCAAGAAUGCAUUGAGGACUUUGCAAUGUUAUUGAUUGUUUAUGUGCCCAUUUCAGCAUGCAUGUUGUGUGAUCAGCAUAUCUAUGUUGUUCCUUCUAUGGACUGACCAUGUGUUGCUUCCAGUGAUGUACAUUUAGAUAAUACAUGUUUUUUUUAUCAUUCACAUUCUCUUAGUUUAUCAUUCUAAGCAUGAUUUGAAAACUGUUGUAAUUUCUUCAUAGUGUUUGUUUGAAUAACUCAGGAAAUGGUUGCUAUUGACUUUCACACAUGAUGAAAGUGAUCUCAGUCUAUAAAGAUAAAGGACACCGGUUGUCGUAACACAUCUGGUCUGAAAGAGAAUCAAAGUAGACAUGAUGGUUGCUCUGCUUUUGUUUUUGGUCAUGUGAGGGACCCUUCAUGAUACUCAACACCUCCAGUUUCUUAUGUCUAGUUGGACACGGUUAAUGAUUAUGGAAAGGAAACUUGUCAACUAUGUCAUUCACAUUAUGUCUGAUAUGUGCAGAGAACCAUCUGAAUGAAGAUCAAUGUUUUUCCAAAGAUAAACUUGAUUUGUGUGCCUUUGAGCCCAUCUAUUUUUUUAUGUUUGUAAUCAGGCCUUAUCUGUUCAUUAGUCACUGAGACUGCUCAUGGAACAUAUUCAAGCCUUUAGGAAUAACUGUUAGUCUGCUGCAUUCUCUGUAUCCUGGUUCACAUCAUGCUGUCUUUGUUUUUACUAUCAGUGUGAUAAACUCUAUGGCUGAAAUAAAAUUAAAGCUUUUUUUCUUACA